UUGGACCGUUAGGGGCCGUUAGGCCCCUUUCCUGUGUGGGUGUGUCAAAGGGCCUGAGUUACUGACUAACACACCAUAUACUCCCCAUUUUCCCUGCGCCAGCACUUUAGAUUUGGUACUGUUUUACUCCAUUUCUCAUAGGACCAGUGUGCACUUUGACCCAGAGGAUAUCCUGUGCCUUCUCAGCAAUUGCAGUGUGAGCACACUAAAGCCAACAUAAGACAAAAGAUCUUUACAGCUUUAUGCAGUUUUAUCACGAUAAAGGGAGAUUUAAGCAUUUUACAAAGCAGAGAAAAGACAGACUGGAAUCAUUAACUCACAAGCUUGACAAUGAUGGAAGAGGUUAAAGAAGUGGCAUCUACUCUGAGUGUGCAUGGUGAUAACAUCAAGGUUACAGAGGUGCUGAAAGAUGGGGACACGUUUACCUUCCUAAUUGUUUCUCAAAAGCUGUCUGGGACAGGGGAGUACCAUGUGGACCGGACCUAUGAUGAUUUUGAAUGGCUACAGCAGCACCUGUUCUCCCAGGAGGAUGUGCCCGGGAUACAGGGAAUCAUAUUUCCUCCUCUUCCUGCAAAGGCUCAGGUGAAUGCAUCUGUAAAGGUUAUGAAACAGCUCAGUUUCCUUGGUCUGGGAGAGUGGCAACCGUACUGUACAGCACUACAAACUUUCCUCCAACAGGUUGCUGCACACAGCAUACUCAGCAAAAAUAAAGCUGUGGAGAUCUUCCUCACCAGCUCAGACCCUCCAGGCAGACAGAGAGCAAGGAAAAACAUUUUCAACCGGCUGACUCAAGCUGUGGAAGAGAUGAGAAAAGAAGGCCAUAAGGAUGUGGAUGAGUUCUUUCAAACUGAACGUGAUCAUAACCUUGUUCUAACUGGCUUUACCAAGAAUGCAGCUGAGAGAUUCCUGGAUGUGGUACAAACUGAGCAAAAAAUAGCAGUGGCCUGUGGGCACUUCUCAGCUGCUCUGCGUCUCUGUGUGGAACCAGGGGAGGAUCCUGACAAACAGGCUUUCUCUAAGAUUUGUGUGAAAUUAUCAGAAGUCUUUGAGUCUAUGAAGAAAAACAUGACAAGUGUUGCUGAGAACAAUGUGAGCACUCUUGGACUUGGCUUAGACCUGGAGUCACGCUACCAGGAGGCAGAGAAGGAAAUGCUUUUCAGAAGAACCUGUAAACUAGUGGAGUUAGAGACGUCCAGAAGGAACGCAGAGAAGGCUAAACCUGUUAAGAAGGCUGCUUUGGAGGAGGUGAAGAAAGCAGCAGAGACAGAGUUUGAGCACAUCUGUGAAGUGGCUAAACAGGAGAUUGCACGGUUCCAAGGUGCACGUGUGGAGAUGUUGCAGCAGGCUCUGGUUCAGUGGUGUGAAAAACAGCUUCAUACAGCCAGGGAGAGUGCUGACCUGUUCAACCAGCACCUACAGGCCUUCAGAGGGAUGGCCUAGUGACCCUUCUAGGACCCUCUUAAUGAAGCAUAUCCAGUAUGUCUUAACAUAGAAUGGGGUCACCCAAACAUGUCCCUCCCCUUGUGUGCUUGCUGUAGCUUCUCACUUAUUCGAUUGCAAAUGGAAUCUAGUGUAAAUAGAGAAAUUUAAGAGAAGUGAGAAGGACACAAACAUACACACUCACACACAGCUUCUGUUAAUCUUUCUCAUUGCCCUAAAGCCCCUGUGGAAAUGAUGGUUUUGAUAUCUUUGCAGUUGACUUGUCACCUGGUAACACCAUUGAGUUGAGUGUGUAUGUGUACUGUACUAUCCUCAAACAUUUGUGCUGAGUGUUUUGUGCUGCUCUGCUCUCUAGCCACUACAUCAGUUGGGGUCGCACAAAAUGAAGUGUGAUGAAUUGAUUCCCAAAGUACCUGCUUGCCUUUGUGUGUGUUUCUUACUCUGGGAUCAUUAAUCAGUUGGUUUGAGUGCUCCUGCAAGGACAUGGCAGCAAGGACACCUUGUGCUCGAUUUUUGUCUGGCUUUUGAAACUAUUGUGGCUUUGUAAAUAUCUGUCAGUGAUCUCUCUUACGAUUGUUUUAAUUUCAUCAUCAUUCUCUGGAAGUCCUAAAAAUAUGACAUACUUAGCUAAAAAAUUUCUGCACAUAAGCACAAUGUCAUUCUCACCUUCUCUGUCUGCUAUGGACAGUAGGUCCAUAUCUCAACACUUCUGCGUGCUUCAUCUCAUCUGUUCCGGCCUGUAAUCUCUUCGUUGGGUGAAUAAGGAGGAGUGGUUCCCAUUUGAGGAAAUGAGUCAGAGAGAGAUAGAUGACUGGUCUCAUAAGAAGAGAGGGUGGAGAGGAGGCUUGGCUCAUUUGACAAUGAAGGAGUAGAUAAAGGGCAAUCAUGCCACGGGGUGCUAAGAGUAUGUUUUCAAUCCACCCCAAACACUGUUAUGUAUAUAUCAGAUUUCACUGGUUAGCACAACUGUAGCCAGAGGAUGACUUAAUGAGCUUGGUCUAGUCUUUGGUUAGAAUGAAAAUCUAUCUACUCUUGGCACUUUGUCCUACCCCUGGGUUAUAUAUUUCCCUGAUAGUGUAACAAGAUAUAAUUUCUGCAUCAGUAUCCUCCAGCCUGACAACUACUGCUCUUCCUCAGCCCCACAUAGGAUCCCACAAUGCACAGAAAUAACAAAUACAUGUAUUUUAUUUCUUUAAUUUGCAUAUUUAACUACGCAGUAGGGCUGUUUUUUAAGCAGUCCUACUCAUGUAAACGUUCAGGAAAAUUAAUAGGUGCUCCAAAAAGCAAUAGUCCAUAUGUGCAUGUUAAUGUUAUUGGCUUGACCUGUUUAAAAUAAAGCAAAGACAGCUGUUGUAGGAACUUGCUUUGUCUUAGUCCCAUGAGAAAAUGUAAACUGUACCUCAGCAGGUUGAGCUUUUUUCACACCCUGCUAUUGUAUCCUGCAUAUAUCUUCUAAUUUAUUGGAAAAGCAACAUUUAUGUUUAUAUCAGAUCCCCUGCUAGUCACUGAAAUUCCUGUCUAGUCUGUUGUUAUACUCCAUUUUAUGUUAUUGAGGUAGUAACAAAAAGACAUUAAUUUUCCUUAUAUUAUAUAUUAUAUAUUCACACAUUUAUUGGUCAUUAAACCCAACAAUUUCACCAUG